ACACAGUACACAUCCGGCCUCCAUUGCUGCUAGCUAGCUGCAUUCGGUUGAGGCCAACCAGCAACCACACACUAUAGCUCAUUACUCACUAGCAGCGGCGAUGAGGAGGUUGCGGCUGCAGCAGCUCGCCGUCGUCGUGGCGGUACUGGCGUUAGUGGCGGCGGUGCGUCCGGCUGUGUGCCGGGAGCAGCAGAACAACGGUACGGUGGAGGUGGCAGGGGAGGAGAUGCGGAGUGCGAGGGCGACGGCGGUGAUCGUGUUCGGCGACUCCAUCGUGGACCCAGGGAACAACAACAACCUGCACACCCAGAUCAAGGCCAACCACGCGCCCUACGGCAAGGACUUCGACGGCCACGUCGCCACCGGCCGCUUCUCCAACGGCCUCGUGCCCUCCGACCUCGUCGCCCAGAAACUUCACGUGAAGAAGCUGGUUGCUCCGUGGCUCAACGUCGACCACACUCCGGAGGACCUCCUCACCGGAGUCAGCUUCGCCUCCGGCGCCACUGGAUAUGACCCCCUCACUCCAAAAAUCGUGGUAUGUACUCUGUCCAAGAAGAAAUUUUUUGUAAUGAUCUUGCUAACUUCUACGCGUAUUGCAGAGGAGGAGGCCGAGAGGAUCAUCGAUGGUGCCUUCUUUUUUGUGUGUGCCGGCUCGGAUGACAUAGCUAACACCUACUUCACAACACCGUUUCGGAGCGUCCAGUACGACAUCUCGUCCUACGUGGACCUCCUCCUCGUCGGUGUGGACAAGUUCCUCCGAAGCGUGAGUGCUCGCGGCGCCAAGAGGAUCGGCUUCGUGGGCCUCCCGCCCAUCGGAUGCGUACCGUCGCAACGGACGGUCGGCGGCGGGUUGCAUCGUCAUUGUGAACCCAAGCGCAACUACGCAGCACAGCUCUACAACUCAAGGGUGCAGGAGCUGAUCGAAAGGAUGAAAGAGGAGCUCAACACCCGCAUAGUCUACCUAGGGAUCUAUGACAUCAUCCAAGAGCUCGCCGAGGAUGGGGAGCGUUGGGGCUUCACUGAGACGACCCACGGGUGCUGCGGGACCGGGCUCAUCGAGGUGACGAAUCUCUGUGACUCUAGGUUCAUGGCGGUGUGCGACGACGUAUCCAAGCAUGUCUUCUUCGAUAGCUUCCAUCCCACGCAAAGGGCAUACAAGAUCAUUGUCGACAACAUCUGGGACACCUAUGGACACCUCUUGUAACCCUAAAUGGAGUUUCUCAACAUUGAUUGAGCUCCAUGGAUCGAUGAGCAUACACGGCAUAUAAAUUUGAAACUUUGCAGUUCGAUAAAACAUUAGAACUAAAUAUUUUAGACAUGACAAUGGAG